AUGUUACAUCAUCAUUCAGGACUCCUCUCGGCAAGAAACAUUUAUAAUUUCUUAGCAAAUCAAGCUCAAGAAGAUGAAAAUUUGUUAAUAGAUUUCCCAUGGAAAAGUAUAUGGAAAAUUCAAGCAAUUCCAAGAAUUAAACUUUUUGUGUGGAAGCUAGCCGGAAAAGCUUUGCAUACAUCUUCGAGACUAGGGGCACAUAACCCGGAAAUUGAUCCAAACUGCCAACUAUGCGAUUUUCAAGUUCAGGAAACCGAGAAUCACCUAUUCAGAUCUUGCCCUUUCGCCAGAACUAUUUGGUUCAGAUUUUCGCUAGGAAAUUUAACUUCUUCAGCUAAUACGGAUCCCAUUACAUCAUGGGCUAAAGGGUGGCUUUUAAACCCAGAUUUGGAUAAUUUGGCAGGAAAAAUCUCGACCAUUUUAUGGUUCAUAUGGAAAUACAGAUGCUCGGUGGUAUUUGAAAAUAUAACCCCAAAUCCGAUGCAACUAAUUGAUCAGAUCAACAGAUUCUUACAAUCCAUCCCUCAAAAGAAUAAAACAAAGGGACUGGAUAACAAUCGGUUAAUGAUGAUCAAUACCAAAUGGUCAGAUAUAAACAAAGACUGGAUAAUAGUUAUUGAUGCUUCUUUCAAGGAAGAAUACCUUUCAAUAGGAUACGCUCACAUCGUUUAUUCAGUAGAUCACCAGACAUUUAUGCACAUUUCAGCAGGUUCAGAGACGGCUACUUCGGCUCUUCAUGCGGAAGCGAAAUGUUUACAAAAAGCGAUCAUCUGUCUAAGAGACAACGUCUUGUCUAGCGUUUCAAUAGUAACUGAUUGUAAAGUCUUGGCAGACAGCAUCAACAAGGACAACACAAAUCUCUCAUGGACAUCCGAAAACACCGUUCAAGAAGCCAAGACAAUUCUAAAAGAUCUUCCUCGAGCUCAAGUAAAGUUUACAAAUAGAAAAUACAAUUCUGCAGCGGAUCGAAUUGCCAAGGAAGCAAGAAUAAAGAGCCUUCAACAUAUGUCUACGAAAUUACAACAAAAAUUAAGCAAUCUAGCAUUAUGUCUAAUGUAUUUGAUAGAAACGAAAUUGUAA